AUGAUGUACAUGCAAUUGACGCCGAAGGAAGACGAGCUAAUCGUCUUCGACAAGGACGGGAGGCUCCCCGAUGAUAUUGUGGGGCAGCCUCCCCUUCAAUUCGCCGCCAUCAGCGUACUUCUUGGUCCCCCAACGCCAGCCGAACAGACUGCUGUUCAUUCCCCUGUGAACGAAGCCAUCUUAUACAAAUACCACAGUUUCUUCAACGGCUUUAGGUGCAAUGUCUCUCCCUUUCAAGUCCCGCCUUCGAAGGAACUAUACGAACGCCGGGAGGAUGUUUACAAUCGUUCGUCCUACUCCCUCGACCGUUUCGCUCUUCCUCAGCAAUAUUCAUAG